AUGUUACCAGAUCACAACCAGUUUACUUAUUCCAUACAAAGACAAACAUUUUAUAAACAUUUUAUGGGUGUUAUUGUGACUUUAGUAGAACUCAAUUUAACAACCGAUAAAGGAAGAAUACUUACUAGAAUCAAACUGUUAUGUUGGUGUUUAAGAGUAGGACCUAAUGAUUUAAGUGCCUUUGCCAUGCCCUUGAUGGAUUCGGAUUAUACGGAAGGAGCAGGUGCUAUGGAAGACGAUUUUCGACAACGUUCAGGCUCAGGUGGUAUCAAGUCUCUCUUUGGAACAAAACCACGACAACGUAAUAAAUCAGGUGAUGAACUGAAAGGAGAUAAAAAUAGCUCACCAACAUCUGGAAGUAAGAUGAAAAAUUUCUUUGAGAGUAUUCGACCGCGCUCUAAAUCAGAUGUGUCUGGAAUGAAAAAACCUGGAAAAAAGGCAGCAGCUGCCGCACAAAAUAUGGACCGAUCAAUGGACGAAUCAACUUUAGCACCACAGUUAAAUUCACAUGGUGCUGUAAAUUCUUCAGUCUCGCAAGGAGCAACUUCUCAUGGGGCAGCAGCCGUCACACCUGUGCCGAAAGGACCGUCUAAAACAUUGACACCUAUGAGUGAAAUAUUGGAAGGUCAAAUGUAUAACUUUGGAGAUAAAAUGACAGAGAGAAAUCGCCAUAAAUCAGGACCAGCAACUCCUGUUGAACAGUUUAUGAGUAAAUUUCGUAAUCGGUCUAAUUCGGAUUCUAAGCCUAAGAAACCUACACCAACAUCACCACAUGAGAAAACAUUGAGUCCACCUUCCAGUCCAAAACCACAUCUAGACGUCAGUGGUGACCAUUCCACACUAGUCAAACACAGGAGAAGAGACUUCAGAAAUGAAGUCAAUGAUAGUGGUAUACAUAUACAUGUAUAUAUAAAGGUGAUACACAGACCUACUCAUGCCAUGUCUGCUUUCUAA